AUGGAACGAGAACGGAAGAGGAAAUUGCUGUUGAUUCCAAAUACUAUAUGGAAUAUUACAAAAGUGAUAUCAGCGACGACCGGAGAAGAAUGUUAUCAGAAUGUAAAAAUCACGAUAAGGGAGCGAACAUUUACAGCUUCUCAUUGUUUUAAGAAAGUGCUAAAAAGUCCAUUACGGAGAUUUUUAUAUCUGUUCGCAUAUGGCAGAAGUGUUUCCAUUCGUGGCAUCUUCAAAAUAUUUCCAUCAGAUAAACAUAUACACAAAUACACACACAAAAUGUAA